AUGAGACGAAUUUCAAUUUUUAGCAUCGCUCCAUUCAGUUCUAACCACAAAUGUUCCUGGUUGCGCAUACGAGAAAUGUUUUGAAAUUUCGUCAAUAUUUAUGUUGUUUUAAAAGUUUAUAUUCUACGAAACCGAAAGCAUCCCAGGUAUUAACCUCGUAUUUGUUGCAGUGCGAUGAACCACCGUGGACAUCGUAUUUUGUAAAGUACAGCAGCAUAGUGGAUGAUCAGUGGGGUAAAUCACAUUUCAACUGGCCUGCAGGAUCAUCCAAUUAUCACAUAUUAAGGACUGGUUGUUAUCCUUAUAUUAAGUAUCAUUGCACCAAGCGAGUUCAUGAGGAUUUAGAAAUUCAGGAUAAAUUCUUCAGAUUCAUCAAAGUUUUUAACCUAGGUAUUCCAUGCCUAGCUUAUGGUAUUGCAGCAACAGCACUUAUAACACAUGAAGAAGUGGUUCACACACCAGUUGGUGAAGUAACCAUUUAUUUCCUGUAUGCAGAAGAUAAAGGUUCAGAAUACUGAACCAAUAAAAUA